GUCUCAGGGCUUAGUAGCCCAGCUGCCCGAGACGCCCUCCCACAGCUGUUUCCUUCUCCGUCAGCCGCGCCGCCGCCCGCCCGCCCGCCCGCCUCCCCCUCUGCCAGCCGCCGCGAUGGAGGCGCUCCACGAGGAGAUGCCCUUCGACCUCGACUUCCACCCGUCCUCACCCCUCGUCGUCACCUCCCUCAUCACCGGCGAUCUCUGCCUGUUCCGCUACGGCCCGGAGUCUCCGCCUGAGAGGUUAUUUUCGGUAAAAGCUCACAAGGAGUCAUGCAGAGCUGUUCGUUUUGUGGACUCAGGAAAAGUGAUUUUGUCAGGGUCAGCUGAUUGCUCAGUUCUUGCCUCUGAUGUAGAAUCAGGCAAGGCCAUUGCCCGCUUGGAGGAUGCACAUGAGAAUGCCAUAAACCGCCUUGUCUGUCUUACUGAAUCUACGAUUGCCACAGGUGACGACGAGGGCUGCAUUAAGGUAUGGGAUACCCGGGAACGAUCUUGCUGCAACAGUUUUGAAGUCCAUGAUGAUUACAUUUCAGAUAUGACCUAUGUGGCUGACUCGAAUCAGAUACUGGCCACAAGUGGGGAUGGAACUUUGUCUGUGAACAACCUCCGAAGGAAUAAAGUAAGGUCACGAUCUGAAUUUUCAGAAGAUGAGUUGCUAUCCUUGGUGGUAAUGAAGAAUGGUAAAAAGGUUGUUUGUGGAACUCCAAGUGGAGCGCUCUUAUUAUAUUCAUGGGGAUACUUUAAGGAUUGCAGUGACCGCUUUCUCGGACACACGCAAUCUGUGGAUACAAUGCUGAAGCUGGAUGAAGAAACUUUGGUUUCUGGUUCAUCAGAUGGUGUGAUCAGAUUAGUGGGCAUCUUACCUAAUAGGAUAAUACAGCCACUUGCUGAACAUUCAGAAUAUCCCAUUGAGGGUCUUGCUUUCUCAAAUGAUAAGAAAUAUCUCGGCAGCAUCUCACAUGAUAAAAUGCUGAAGCUCUGGGACUUGGAAGAACUCUUGAAUGGCUCACAGGUAGUCAAUGGUGAUGAACCUGCUGAAGCUGGUAGUGAUGAUAGCGAUGAUGAUAGCGAUGAUAAUGCGAUGGAUGUAGACAUGGCGGCAACCUCUUCUAAAGGGUCAAGGAGUAAAAAGGCAGGUAAAGGAAAGUCAAGUAGGCCGGCGUCGGAUUUCUUUGCAGAUUUAUAGAUGUCAAGUUCCCAAGUGAGAAGCUGUGUACUCUCUUUUUUUUUUGUUGCUGUACGGGAGUGUGAGUGGGCAACUUUGACCGCCGGUGCAAGGCAUGCCGAAUGUUGUUUUUUAAGUAUAUUGGCUGAUGGAAUAUUAGAGGUAGAAGCCUUAAGUGUUGACCCAAACUGUUACCGAGUUUACUUAUGUUGAGAAUUGACCUAUGCAUGGAUUGCUAUGUCUGUUUUACCGUUCCUAAUUAUAAGAAAGAAUUA